CACUGAUGAAGGCAAUAAUUAGCCCAUGCUGCGUUAAAAAAAUAUUUUGCCUAUUUUUUCAGGUCCCUAACACGCUCAGCACGCAGAGGAGGAAGAGAGGAAGAAGACUAGUGAGGAGGAAGAAAAUGGUGGUUUCUGUCAAUAAUCCCUCAUGCAGCGUGUGGAAUUUGAAUUUGAAGAAGCUGCCGAGAGAAAACCAUUUAUCCAGAUGGUCAUCUACGUCUUCUUGGCUGAAUGUCAAAAAAAGUGGAGGCUUAAUGCGUUUUGAUAUCAUUAACAGACAGCCAUCUACUGUUCAGGUUAAAGCUUCGUGCUUAUUCAACCCCACCGAUCAACCCAUCGUCAAAGAAGCUCUUAAGGAGCCAGUUGCUUUCCUGGGUGGGAUGUUUGCAGGGUUUCUGAGGCUUGAUUUGGAUGAUGAACCGCUUAAAGAAUGGGUUACAAGGACUGUUGAUGCCUCUGGCAUUGCUAUAGAAGAUACAGAUGGUGAAGGAUCUAAACCAGAAGAAAUCCCACAACAGAUAGAAAUAGAAUAAUUGGUAACUUGUCUUCUCUUGUAAUAUAGAGAGCUGUUUGAAAUAUUUCAGGCUAUUUGGUAAGACUUGAUCAAAGGCGCAAUGCAAUGGCCAAUGGGAAUGAGCUUGAUUCAUUGCAUUGAUUGCAUAAACAAAAUAUGUUGUAAUAUAGAUGUUAUCAUUAUUUGCGUUAAUGUAAUGUUUGUUGAUAGCA